UAACCUUGAAUAUAACUUUAUAACUUUACUGUUUUUCCAGAGUUCUUCUUCUGCUUCUGCUCAGAGUUUUACUUCUCCUUCAGAAAACAAUCGAAAUCAGUAUCGCCUCUCUUGUCGCCUCGCCUACAAAGAUGUUCAAGAAGUUUUCUCAUGAAGAUGUAUCUGCCCAGAAUCAAGUCAAGGCAUCUGUACAACGUAGAAUCCGACAAAGUAUUGCCGAUGAGUACCCAGGUCUGGAGACCGUGAUGGACGAUUUGCUUCCGAAGAAAUCACCUCUUGUUGUUGUUAAAUGUCAAAAUCAUCUGAAUCUGGUUGUGGUGAACAACGUGCCAUUGUUUUUCAACAUUCGGGAUGGUCCGUAUAUGCCUACACUUCGUCUGCUUCAUCAAUAUCCGGAGAUAAUGAAAAAGCUACAAGUUGAUAGGGGUGCUAUUAAGUUUGUCCUUGCUGGUGCAAACAUAAUGUGUCCAGGCCUUACCUCUCCUGGAGGUGUUUUGGAUGAUGAAGUGGCGGAAGAAACUCCAGUGGCUAUAAUGGCUGAAGGGAAGCAACAUGCCCUUGCUAUUGGCUUUACAAAAAUGUCCGCGAAAGACAUAAAAGCAAUCAACAAAGGUAUUGGCGUGGACAAUAUGCAUUAUCUCAAUGAUGGCCUUUGGAAGAUGGAGCGGUUGGAUUGAAAAUGAACAAGGAGCAACUGUAGCAAUUAUGAGAGUUGUAUGGUUAUGCCAGGUAGUUGUAAGUUGUUACAUCUUAGUACAUGUUGAUGUCGCUUUCUUUUGUGGGUCAUCAAAGAUUUUCUUACUGCUUACAAAAUAUAGGGAUCAAAUAUAACUGGCUUGAUUUUGUCUUUAUAUUUAUAGACAAGUUGAACGAAAAUAUGAAAAAAAGAAAAGAAGAAAUUUGCUACUAA